GCACAGGCUGGGCUGGUUCCGGGUUGAGAGGCUGCGCUCGGACCGGAGCAGUGGCCGCCGAGCCGGCGCGGCUCCUGCCUCUUCGGGCCUGCUCCCCGCAGCCAUCCAUAGGUGCUGCCCCAGACAGCGCCUUGCUCUCCUGGCCGCCCCCCUGCAUCUCGGGGGACCCUUUCCGGCGCCAUGGCAUGCAGCCUCAAGGACGAGCUGCUCUGCUCCAUCUGUCUAAGCAUCUACCAGGACCCGGUAAGCCUGGGCUGCGAGCACUACUUCUGCCGCCGCUGCAUCACCGAACACUGGGUGAGGCAGGAGGCGCAGGGCGCCCGCGACUGCCCCGAGUGCCGGCGUACGUUUGCCGAGCCCGCGCUCGCGCCCAGCCUCAAGCUGGCCAACAUAGUGGAGCGCUACAGCGCCUUCCCGCUGGACGCCAUCCUCAACGCGCGCCGUGCCGCGCGACCCUGCCAGGCACACGACAAGGUCAAGCUCUUCUGCCUCACUGACCGCGCGCUGCUCUGCUUCUUCUGCGAUGAACCCGCGCUGCACGAGCAGCACCAAGUCACCGGCAUCGAUGAUGCCUUCGAGGAGCUGCAGAGGGAGCUGAAGGAGCAGCUGCAGGCCCUUCAGGACAGCGAGAGGGAACACACCGAGGCGCUGCAGCUGCUCAAGCGACAGCUGGCAGAGACCAAGUCUUCCACGAAAAGUCUGCGGACCACCAUUGGGGAGGCCUUUGAGCGGCUGCACCGGCUGCUACGGGAGCGGCAGAAGGCCAUGCUGGAGGAGCUGGAGGCAGACACGGCCCGCACCCUGACUGACAUCGAGCAGAAAGUCCAGCGCUACAGCCAGCAGCUGCGCAAGGUGCAGGAAGGGGCCCAGAUCCUGCAGGAGCGCCUGGCUGAAACCGACCGGCACACCUUCCUGGCCGGGGUGGCCUCACUGUCUGAGCGGCUCAAAGGGAAAAUCCAUGAGACUAAUCUGACCUACGAAGACUUCCCAACCUCCAAGUACACAGGCCCCCUGCAGUACACCAUCUGGAAGUCCCUGUUCCAGGACAUCCACCCAGUGCCAGCCGCCCUGACCCUGGACCCAGGCACUGCCCACCAGCGCCUGAUCCUGUCCGACGACUGCACCAUUGUGGCCUAUGGCAACCUGCACCCUCAGCCUCUGCAGGACUCGCCGAAGCGCUUCGAUGUGGAGGUGUCGGUGCUGGGCUCUGAGGCCUUCAGCAGCGGUGUCCACUACUGGGAGGUGGUGGUGGCAGAGAAGACGCAGUGGGUGAUCGGGCUUGCCCAUGAGGCCGCGAGCCGCAAGGGCAGCAUCCAGAUCCAGCCCAGCCGUGGCUUCUACUGCAUUGUCAUGCACGACGGCAACCAGUACAGCGCCUGCACCGAGCCCUGGACGCGGCUCAACGUCCGCGACAAGCUCGACAAGGUGGGCGUCUUCCUGGACUAUGACCAAGGCCUGCUCAUCUUCUACAACGCCGACGACAUGUCUUGGCUCUACACGUUCCGCGAGAAGUUCCCGGGCAAGCUCUGCUCCUACUUCAGCCCCGGGCAGAGCCACGCCAAUGGCAAGAACGUGCAGCCACUGCGGAUCAAUACCGUCCGCAUCUAGGGCGAUGGAAGGAGACCACGGGCGCCCGGGAAUGGUCACCAGCGAGGGCCCUGCCCAGGAGACCUGAGGCCUGGACCGCAGCCCAGCUGGGCCACCCUGAGGUCUCCAGGCAGUUGUUCACCCUUCAGCCUCCAUUUCCCUGUCUGUAAAAUGGGCCAGAGAGGUGUCUCCAUGAUUCCAGAACUCUUCCAGCACUGAUGUUCUGUAGCUCUGACUUCCAUGGGGAUACAGCUUUAGUCCAAGGAUGUGACAUGGCUUCUCCUCAGAGCAGCCCCUGCCCAGCCCUCAUCUUCCUUCUCUCAGGGGCAGGGGACUGUGUCCCUGUGUCUCCCUCCCAUCCACAUGCCCUGACCUCAGGAUGUGUUAGAGUAUUGCCCGCAGUUGGCAGCCCAAAAGAUACACAGUGCCCUCCUAUGCUCCCAGGCCUACGACGUGCCCAUGACCAAGCUAGUGAUGGGCCAUUUUAUCCUUGACCCCAGUCUAUGGUGGACACAGGCAGCAGCCGGUCCCAGGGUUGCCUGAGAACCACCCUCUCCUUCCACCCCUGUACCAAGAGCUUUAUGGUGCCUCUUUUACCCACUCAGGUGCAGGCAGAAAUGAUGUGGCCUGUGGAAGGCACCCAGCAGUGGAGCCCACAUUUUACGGUCACCACGCCACCACCUUCCUGCCCACAGGUCUUAAGGCAGGAUGAUGGCACAGCCAAGGCUGAUGCAGGACAAGAAGCACUGGAUAGUGGCGGACCCUUGGAUGGUGGAGGCCCCCAGCAGCUCUGAACAAGGGUCCAGCCAGGUCUCUGUGACCAGGCUAGGGGGGAGUGAGCCUGCGGAGAGCAGUUGUUUUAGUCAGGCCCUGAAUGCUGGGAUGGGCUGUUGGCUGGGCCCCCUCAUCAGUCUUGGCAUCUGCCUCAGUUGCGAUACUGUUGCAGAAAGCAAGAGCUGCUUUGGCGAGUUUAAUUAGACAAGGAUUUAUUACCAGGUCCCCAGUGGCUUUGCAAAGUCCCUGGAAAGGCUGGAGGAGCAGACGCUGCUGAAUGUCCAGGAACAACUCCCAGCCACCAAAUUCAUCAUUACCAGGAACACUGCUCCAUCUGCAGGAAGCCACUGCAUCAAGAGGGUGCUGGCUGUAGAACUGUGCUCCCUCUGCUACUGUCCAGGCCAGUGAGUGGACAUCCUGAGGCCUGCCUCCCUCCACUCACAUCAGUUUCCAGAUCCAAAUCUCUACGAGGGAUUCUGUUUGGGGAAACUUAAAUCAGAUCCAGAACCUUGGCUGCAAGGGAGUCUGGGACAUGUACUUUUCUUCUUUCCAGCCUCAGCCAUACAAAAAGGCACAACAGAGGAAAGUUAGGAUGGACGUUGAACAAGCGCACCCACAGUUUUUGCCACUGGAACCCGCCUCUGGGCCUUGGCUUUGGAGCAGCAGUGCCUCCAGGUGUCCUGCUCAGUGGCUCUGUUCCUGUCCAGGACAGGGGCCAGGGGCGGGGGGUGGGGGUGGGGGGCAGGCCUGCGGGACCAAGCUGAAGUGUCUCGUAGGCCUUGGCUUUUCUUUCUAAUCCUGGGGCCUAGAUUCUGAACUUGGGGUCUCUGACCCCACCCAUCUCAAAGGAGCCAGACUAGCUGAACUUGGGGGGCUCCCUCCUCAUAACUGUUCACCCCCUGGGGCCUUCCCUUGGGCAGGAGGAAUCCUCAGUCUCAGCUACCAGAAUAUCUGGGCCACCCCCAGCAGUAUUUUUAUUUUAAAUGUUGCCCAUUUUGUGAGUUAUGAUGAAUUUGUAUUAAAUUAAAGUUACAGGC